AUGCCAGUCUCUUCUACUACUACUACUACUACUACAGACCCCAGUAGCACCAAACCAACCACCACUCCAAUAAACACAGCAAACAUCACUUCUGACCCCUGCAGUGUCUACAGAAAUUUCUCCAGUAACGGAAGAAACCCAAUUCCAUAUUACUCCUACAGGGGUGUCUAUGAUGACACUCUCGUUGAAUGGAACGGCUGGUACCGGCUGUAUCUUCAGGGAAGUAGUGCUCAGAUUCCUGAAUUGCACUGGUGUUCCAGUUACAUGGCGUGUGGAGGUUACGCAGCACUCUUACUAGAUGGACCUCAUCCACUCCCAGAGGACGGCAUCGUCACCAGAGACAUCUAUGGAUUCUAUCCAGAUACCAGUGAUAGUAAACAGUGCAUUAAAAACUCAAGAUCAAACCCAAUCCAGGUUAAGGCCUGCCCAGGAAAUUACUACGUCUACAGACUCGUCAAACCAACUGUAUCCCUUCCAAUGCCAACAUACUGUGCAGUUGUUGUCGACACUCCCAGUUAUGACCCCUGCAGUAACUAUACUUCUCUGGACCAAUCAUGGAGAGGCACUAAUGAGACCGAAGGGUCCAACUGUGACAGAUCCACUAACUGGAAUGGAUGGUACAGGCUGCUGUAUAAGGGGAUGAGCACCCAGAUGCCAGAGAGCUGCGUCAAUGUCUCCAGAUGUGGAACUAAUGUUCCUCUGUGGCUCAGCGGUUCUCAUCCUCAGAUAUCUGAUGGAAUAGUCACUCGUGGGAUCUGUGGGAAUUAUGGAAGUGACUGCUGUUACUACAGAUCAUUCCCAAUUCGAGUCAAAGCCUGUCCAGGAAACUAUUACGUCUAUGAGUUUGUCAAGACAAGUUUCUGCACUGCAGCUUACUGUGCAGGUGGACGUCUUCGAUGUCCCCCGCGGAAAGAGUCGCCAGUUGCACGAUGUGAAGACCAUCAUGCCAGUCUCUUCUACUACUACUACUACUACUACUACUACUACUACAGACCCCAGUAG